ACUCAGCAAACACCUCUUACUGGAUUACGACCACGACCUCGACACAAUUCAAUUCGUUCCUGAUUCGAUUCGAUUCCUUCCAAAGCCUCGUCUUGCUAUUAGUAGCAUUGUUCCUACCGUACUACUACCAAACUUAAAACGACCCUUCUUGACAAGUACGAUGAACGAAGACGAAAUAAGGGACGAGUGGAUCCGCACCGGAGACGGAAUGGACGACGAAGAGGACGAGGAAUCGCUUCGUGGGGACAAUGAGGAGGAAGAGGCCAUGGAAGACCAAGCCAUGAUGGAGGAGGAGGAAGACGAGGAGGAAGACGAAAACCACAUUGUCCGUCUGCUGCAAUUGCCGCGUCUGGAUGAUCAGGACAAUGGCACCAUGACGCUCACGCAGGAAGAGCACGGGUGGGCGUGUCAAUUGAAACAAAAAGUGAUGGAAACUACAUGUACUGCGAGUGAUGAUGAUCAGUCUCCUCCACUGACGCCCCUGACGGACAUGGAAAUUGCGCAGUACGCGCUCGUGUCGGGAGGCGAUGUGCCCAAUGCCAUGAAGCGAAUUCAAGCCAUGCAAGCAUUUCGUAGUACCUACGGGAUUCAUCAUUCUCCCGAACAAGGAGUCGAAGCCAUUGGCACAUUCCUGGAACAACAAGCGGGCUUGAUUCUCUGUUUUGAUGUCGAUACCGUCACGUGGGAUGGAAUACGAGUUGUCGAUGUGGGAGCGCUCAAUCCAGCCGCCGCCGUGGCAUCCGAAGACACUUGGCGAAUUUUCAUUCGCGGCGACUAUUACUUGUAUUACACCUGUCAACCAACAUUGGCAACGAUUCGACGCGGCAAUCACACCAUGAUGGACUUUUCCGAAUUUAGUUGGAAACAAUGGAAUAUGGAACUCCAAUAUCGAUUCUGUGCAGAAAUGUUCGCUCAGUAUCCCAUCAAAUUUCGACAAUUACUCUGUUUCAAUACCGGCACAGUCGCCAAUGUCUGUUGGUCACUGGUGCGACGCUUGUAUCCGACAUCGUUGACGAAUGUACUGGAAUUGGGCUGUGAAGUGCCGUGUCAAUUCGGAGAUGAUUUUCCAAAACCAUUGGCACACCAGUACUUGCAACCGUCUCUGCAAGAAGCCUACUGCCGGCAACUCUUGCGCGCCAAGGAUCUAUUGUCGUUGCGCGCCAAGAACGAACAGUUGUUUCGACUGUGA